AUGAAGGCUUUCCGCUAUUAAGUUACUCUCAAUAUAAGCAAAGUAGAACUUUCUGUUAAAUUUCCCUGUACUUUAUAAGUAAUGUGGAAACGUGGGCUCAAUAAAUGUUUGACUAGAACCAAAGAAAAAACUAAAAAUAUUUUUAUUGUUAAUGAGGUACUCACAUUUGAUUUUAAUGUUGGUGAAAACACUUAAAAAAAGACUCAUCUUAUAGCUCUUUUGAAUGUUGAUGGAUAAUCAAAAUUAGCUGGAGUUGUCAAUUUUAAUAUUAAUGAAACUAUGCCUAUUGAAGGACAAUGUGAACUUAAUUUAGAAAGAAGUCCAGAUCCAAAUGCAAAAAUUCAUUUUACUUAUUAAGUUGUUAAUCUAGGUGAAACUGAUCUUAGUGAUAGUCGUACUAGUGAAUCAUUUCAUUAAAAAACUCUAGCAGAAUCAUUUGGUUUUGAAAAAGAGAAUUUCAAUCAUCAUAGAAUUCUUAGUCAAAAGAAAUCUUCAAAUUAAUAAAUCUCCAAUUAUGAAGUUCAAUUAACUAAAGAAUUAUAUGAAAAGAGUCUCAAAGAUCUUGAUCAAUAAAAAAUUAAAAAUUCUUAACUACAAGAUUAACUUAAUCAAUUAUAAAAUGAAAAAUCAAAUUAUACAGAUCAACUUAAUAAAUUAAAAAAAUAAAUUAUUUAACUUUAAAAUGAAAAUCAAUACUUAGAAGAAUAAUAUGAAUUAUCAAAAUAAGAAAUUAUAAAAUUUAAAGAAUCUGCAUAAUAAGUUAAUUAAUUUCAAGUUUAAAAUGAAAAAUUGAAUAAUGAAAUAGAAAAUUAUAAAAUUCAAAAUUCUAUCUUAGAAAAUAAAUAUUAAUAAACAUUUAAGAAAGUAAAAUAAUUAGAAGAAAAAGUUUAAUUUUCACAUUUUAACAAAAUUGAAAGAUCAACAAACACUUAAUUUAAUGAAAUUCCAGAAUAUAUUUAAUAAAAUACAACUAUUACAUAAUUAGAUGAAUAAGUAAAUGAAUAUAAAAGAAAAAAUGAUAAAUUAACUUAUGAAUUGCAAUUUACAAAUAAUAAAUUAAAAACUAUAGAAUAAGAAAUAUCAUAAUAAAAAUCUUAGAUAAUUCAAUAUCAAACAUAAUUAUCACAAUUAAAAGAUUAAUGUAAUAGAUUUGAAACUGAAAAUGCUAAAUUAAAGAUUUUAAUCAAAUAAUUAGAAUAAGACUAAAAUAAUAAAGAAAAAGUAUAAACCAAGAGUCAAAGUGAUAAUUAAAAGUAAAUAGAAUCAUUAAAAGAUUAAUUAAAAUAAAAUAUAGAAAAGGUAUUACAUAACAUAUAUAUUAUUUUUUAGUUAGAGUAAGUUAAGGAGAAGUAUCGAUAAGCAAAGGAAAAAAUAGAAAAAUAAAAUGAAAUUAUUGAAUAAUAGAAUGAUGAACUCACCAUGCAAAACAUGACAUUUCUUAAGGAAUUAUAAUUAAUUGCCAAGAGGUAGGAAUAAUUUGGAAUUGUUUGA